AAUAAAAAAAUAUAUGUUUUUCGGAUUCAUUCGUAUUAAAUAAAUGUUCUGUUCAUGUCAAAGGUCAGUGCAGUGAGUGCCUUUGCCCAAACCUUACGGCGUUACACCUCAUUAAACCAUCUGGCUCAAGCUGCUAGAGCUGUCUUGCAGAAUUCAUCUCAAAUAAGUCAAAUGUUGGCAGAUCUGAAUCGUGUAGAUUUUCAUAAUGUCCAGGAACAAGCUUCAUGGGUCUGUCAGUGUGAAGAUGAAAUGGUGCAGCGUCUAGAACAAGACUUCAAGAUGACCCUCCAGCAGCAGAAUUCGCUUGAACAGUGGGCAUCUUGGUUGGAGGCAGUGGUUAAUCUAGUCCUGCAGCCGUUUGAAGGAAAGCCUGAUUUUCCUAAAGCUGCUCGGCAGUUUCUUCUCAAGUGGUCAUUUUAUAGCUCUAUGGUGAUCAGAGACCUGACACUUCGUAGUGCUGCCAGCUUUGGAUCCUUUCAUUUGAUACGACUUCUCUAUGAUGAAUAUAUGUUCUACCUUAUAGAACACAAGGUUGCUGAGACAAUAGGAGAAACUCCAAUUGCAGUAAUGGGGGAAUUCAUUGGACUCGGAAGAAAGCUUGAUAUGACAUCUAAACUUCCAGCUUUACACAGAAACUCAACUGAUGCUAGGGAGAAUGGGUCAGCAGAGGACAUAACCACCAUGGAAAUAUUACCUCACAGCUCCCCCUUAAGUAGUAGCUGUAGCACUGGAGCUUAUAGCAAUGGUCUGAAGGACUCAACUUCAAGUUUAACCUCCUUUCAACAGGGGCUGACUGGACAGAGCCAUAUCGAUAUCAAUGACAGCUUAUCUGAAGCUUCUGAACUGGAAACCACAUUUACUCAUAGUAAAAAAGCCAAGAACAUUUGAGCUUCUGAUGACUCAGUACUACUUACGAAGAAACUCCGUCAUUAGAUAUUAAACAUAACACCCUAGUGCCACACCAGCAGUUACCUUAUCAGAGAUGUAUUUUUCUGCACAGAAGAAAGAUCAUUUUUGCAUUACGAGUUUUGCAUUUUUGAGCUUUUUUUGUUUUUAGUGAAGUUUGUAAUAAAAGUGCCACAUGUUGUUUUUUUUAUUGUUUUUUUUUUCUUAAAAUACAGAAAUGUUUGUGGCAUUGCAAGGUUUGGUCACUGAAAUUGAAACUUAAUUUUAAGGAAAAAAAAAGGUAAUUUUUUUAACACUUCUACUGGACACGAGUAUCAAGGAUUGCUGUGAACACAUUAGUACUUUAUCAGCAAAGCAAAAACCUUUGUAAACACCAAUCUUGUGUUUGGUGUGGUAACAUAUCAUAACAAAAUGUACUUCUCAUAUACAGGGCAGUCUAGUAUGUUACUAAUCAUUCCAAUACAUCCUGUAUAUGCCAUAUGAUUAAUGCUACAUGAGUAUGAUCAUUCUUAUGUGGUUGAUGCCAAAGAGGUUACAAAAUGAUUGUAUUGAAAGAAGGUUAAUGCAUUCUUUAGCCAUAUUUUUUGAGUCAUAAAUUAUGAAUUUAUAUUUAAACUAUCUUGCCUAUGUUGUAAUAUGCCUGAUCACAUACUUAUUACAGUGAGGUUUGUAAUAGACAAACAAAAAGCUAUUAUUUUGUGAAGCAAGCAACCUUGGUCUAAGUGAACUUUUAUUAGUUCUUAAAAAAAAAGCACUUUAAAAAUCAGAUGGAUUAGAGCAAGUUACACAAAUAUUUUUUUUGAUAUGAGGUAUUUUUCUACCAAUCUGUAAAUUUUCAUUACAGCAUUAUUAUUAACAACUCGGAUAUAUAAAGAGUAAAAUUAACUGGAUUUUACCUUUAACCUUUCUCUAUCUUCUUAAGUUCUUUACCCAUAACUCUAAAGAUUCACAGUUCAGCAUGUUUUGUUUGUUUGUUUAAACUCAAUCUAUGUUAUUACAUGUUCACAGUUCAGCAUGUUUUAUGUGUUUGUUUAAACCCAGGUCUGUGUUGGUACAUGUUUACAGUUCAGUAUGUUUUAUUUGUUGGUUUAAACCCAGGUCUGUGUUGGUACAUGUUUACAGUUCAUCGUGUUUUAUUUGUUGGUUUAAACCCAGGUCUGUGUUAGUACAUGUUUACAUUUCAUCGUGUUUUAUUUGUUGGUUUAAACCCAGGUCUGUGUUAGUACAUGUUUACAGUUCAUUGUGUUUUAUUUGUUGGUUUAAACCCAGAUCUGUGUUAGUACAUGUUUACAGUUCAUCGUGUUUUAUUUGUUGGUUUAAACCCAGGUCUGUGUUAGUACAUGUUUACAUUUCAUCGUGUUUUAUUUGUUGGUUUAAACCCAGGUCUGUGUUGGUACAUGUUUACAGUUCAGUCAUGUUUUAUGUGUUGGUUUAAACCCAGGUCUGUGUUAGUACAUGUUUACAGUUCAUCAUGUGAUAUUUGUUUAAACCCAGGUCUGUGUUAGUACAUGUUUACAUUUCAUCGUGUUUUAUUUGUUGGUUUAAACCCAGGUCUGUGUUGGUACAUGUUUACAGUUCAUCGUGUUUUAUUUGUUGGUUUAAAACCCAGGUCUGUGUUAGUACAUGUUUACAGUUCAGUAUGUUUUAUUUGUUGGUUUAAACCCAGAUCUGUGUUAGUACAUGUUUACAGUUCAUAUGUUUUAUUUGUUGGUUUAAACCCAGGUCUGUGUUGGUACAUGUUUACAGUUCAUCAUGUUUUAUUUGUUGGUUUGAACCCAGAUCUGUGUUGGUACAUGUUUACAGUUCAUCGUGUUUUAUUUGUUGGUUUAAACCCAGGUCUGUGUUAGUACAUGUUUACAGUUCAGUAAAUUUGAUUUCGUUCUUUGUUGCUCUAUUGAAACACAUAUGUAUAAUUAACUGUAUGUUUCAAAGAGUAACUUUUUUUUUUCCAUUCGUAAUAAUCUUAUUUUAAAAUGUGCCAUUUGAGUGAUAAGUUAAGCCUUAAAUUGUCUAAAGUCUUGACGUUAUACAACAUAACAUACCAUUUUUUUUGGAGGCUAAGGUUUUUCUUUUUCCUUAAGAGAAUUAGACCUCCAUAGCCCUUUGACGUGUUAAUGUAAAAAUUUAUCUAACUGACAGUUUUUGAAUAUUUUUUAGUUUCUGAUAAAUAACAUUUAGUUUGAAGGUAUGUAAUACUUGCACUAAUUCAAAUACGUCACAAAACUUGUACUUAUCAACAACAACAAAACUAACAUAAGUAGAGCGGGUUUAAAACCAUAAAGUCAAAGAAAUAAGAGUGCAACUUUCAAGAUAAAAACGUUGUAUAGUUAUCUUAACAUUGGGAAUAGAAUUAUUUUAGUACAGUGUGUUUGUAACAUCAGUCAAAAACCAAGGGGGAUAUCGGGUAAGGGUCAGUUCCAUCUCUUGGAAUCUUUUUAGUUCAGGAAACCAGAGUUGAUACACGAACUGAUAGGAUACCAUUGUCAAUACAAAACGAGUUGAGUAUUUAAUCUGAGUUUUUCGAAUGAUUAGCAUUACUUUUAUGUUCAAGAUGUUAUUUUCCAUUUCCUUAAUAUGUUUGAUGACAAAAUGUUAAUUAUAGGAAUUGUUUUCAGUGCUGUUGUUGUUUUUUCUUUCUCCUCUUUUUUUUUUUUGAAUAACACAAGAAAGUCAAUUGUUUGUGUUGAGUCUGUGGAAAUAUUAUUUGAUGGUAUUGACAUUGUAUGUAUAUAUAUAUAGUGUAAAUAUAGUUGUGCCAGAGAUAUAUAUAUAUGUAUAAAAUAUAUAUUAACAGUGAUUGAAAACAACUAUAUUAAUUUUUAAUACAAUAUUGAGCCUCAGGUUUGCUUAGCUCUAUUAAAGAAAUUUAAUAUUAGUUUAACAUUUGUUUAUUUAGAAAAAAAAACUUAUAGAUUUGUGUUAUUACGUUAAUUUAUUUUGGAUCAAAAAUAUACUACAGUGAAUUUGAGAAAGAUUCUCAAUUGAGGCUUGUUUUUUCUUUUUUUGUUUAACCCUCCAACUGUUGCCAAGACUUAGUUUCAAUUGUUUUUGUUGUUCUAGCGGGGCCGAGGUUUUUGCCACGUGUUUUGGAAUGCUAGUUUUUUUUGUGACCGGAAUAUUGGAAACAUAUCAAAUUUUUACCACCACAGCAUUGUCGUUUCAAGUAUUCUCGUUAUAUCUUUAAGUUGUGAUGUUUACUCAGAUUCAGACCUAACUCACAUCUUUAUGAGAAUGAACAGUAAUUGUUUUUUUUUUGUUAACUAUUUCCAGAAUCAACUUCUGAAGUUCAAGCACCACAGAAAUUGCAAAAGGUUUUAACUACACUGUUGUAAUGGUGUUACAAGAUAGCUUAUACUGUUGAUAAAUAACACACUAGUAGUCUACAGUACAACGUUGAAACUGGUGAAUUGAAUUUUUUAUCUGUCAUUGAAAUAAAUGUGUUGUUUACCAUG